GCUAGUACACAGCAGUGUGGAGUCAGCAGGCGAGCUAGAAGCAACUUACUAUAUAUCUCUCCUGCCUCCACUCAUCUCCCUUUACUACUGUCUUGUGCCCUCGCUGUUGAAAUAAACUUAUACAUUGUUAUUGUGUAAUUAUUGCAUGAAGGAGAAGCGGACUUACCAGUGUUACAAGGAGAUACUUUUAUUUUUAUAAGAUGUGGGCUGUUACAGCAGUGCUAAGUCUCUACAUCAUUGGGGUCCUGACCAACCAAAAUACACAGCUGUGGGUGGUGGAGGUGCCGAAGGAGAAUGCGGUGAUCAACUCCCUACAAGAUGCUGGACACGUCGAUGUCUGGGGCGGCAACUCUACACAUACUCAGGUUGUGGUGGAGCCGGAAGUGCGAGAGCUGGUGGAGGAGAUGCUGAGGCUGUGGGAGAUGACCCACUCUGUGGAGGUAGAGGAUGUGAUGGCACUGGUGAAGCAGGAGAGGCGACACAUGCAGGAGCUGAAGGACAACACUAGCAGACGGAGACGAGCAGUCCAACCCCAAGCGAUGGACUGGAACACUUACCACAACAUGAACGACAUCGAGGGCUACAUAGGCUGGGUGAACCACACUGGUGGUGGCUUCGUUGAGGUACUGGACGCUGCAGCUUCAGUCGAGGGACGCAGGGUGCUCGUCGUCAAGGUCACAGACCCCAACUCUCCACAACCCAAGAAGAAGAUCUGGAUCGAAGGAGGUAUCCACGCUCGGGAAUGGAUCUCCCCUGCUGUUGCUACUUAUAUCCUGCACCUGCUGGUGACUAAUGAAUCAUGGCGUGAGCUACUUAAGGUGACAGAGUGGUACAUAGUGCCCGUGGCUAACCCUGAUGGCUACCAGUACACCUUCACCUCAGAAAGGGCCAGGCUGUGGAGAAAGAACCGCCGCGACAAUCUAUCCAGUGACGGCCGGUGCAAGGGAGUCGACCUCAACCGCAACUGGAACUUGAAGUGGGGUGUAGGAGCGUCGAGUAACCCUUGCAGCGAGACUUACAAAGGACCUAUGCCAUUCAGUGAACCUGAGACGAGGGGCCUGCAAGCCAUGAUGAAGUCUAUAGGAGACAUCGAUCUCUUCAUCACUUUACACAGCUUUGGUCAGACUAUCCUCUAUCCCUGGGGAUGGACGCGCAAUGCUCCAGCGAACGCUAAACAGCUGAAACGUUUGGCUAAGAAGUUUGCCGACGCAGUGAGGGACGCAUCUCGUGGAGAAACCGAGUAUGAGAUUGGUGGCUCAGGGCCACUAUAUGGUCUGGCCUCAGGGGCUACCGACGACUGGGCAUACGGGGAACUGGGCGUCCCUUUCUCUUAUACUAUCGAACUGCCUGACCAAGGGAGAUAUGGGUUCCUGCUGCCGGAGACUCGCAUCAGCAGCACUGUGACGGAGACAGCAGCGGGUAUUCAGUGCAUGAUUGGUGCCCUUACCAACACUGGCUUGUGUGCCCAGCGUCGGGUCAGACAACCAGAUAUCUUCUGGUUCAGAGGCUGAUGCCACUAAAACACUCGGUCCUUCAUUUUGUUUGUCGUAGAAAAUAUCAUUACAAUUCAACAAUGAAUGAAACAAUAAGCUUAUAACGUGUUUUCUCGUAAGAUGUUGUUCUUAAAUUAUAAUUAUUUAUACAAUGUUAUGUGGAAGAAACUAAAACUAGUCCAUAAAUAGUUUAUAUAAAAAUUGCCUGGAAGCACCUGUUUUGACAACGAAAUUUCAGAAUACAGUAUUAGGCAGCUCUUCACCUCACUAUAGGCGAGGAUACAACUGCCGUUCGUAUGAAUACAAGAAUCUUCUGGUUUCUGAAGAAUUGGCAGAUGUUGACAAGACCGUGUGUACUCCAGGAGUAUGUUUCACUCAACCAGCUGCUGGAGGAAUACCACCUGAUAUCCAUCCACCAACUGCUGGAGGAAUACCACCUGGUAUUCCACCACCUGCUGGAGGAAUAUCACUUUGUAUCCCUCCACCAACUGCUGGAGGAAUACCACAUGGUAUUCGUUUCCACCACCUGGUAUCCCUGCACCAGCUGGUGGAGGAACACCACCUGGCAUCCCUCCACCACUUACAAUAACAACUUCUGAGCAACAGAUAAAAUCAACUAAAAAUGACAACUGAGUUACAUCGCCUAUAAAUUACUUAUAAAUUUUAUUUAAUUCUAUUUAAAUUUUAUUUAAUUCUAAAGUUAACGAAGUAUAUAAAUAACAAAAAGGCACAAUACCGUGACUGGAACGAUACUCAAAUAACCCGCACAUAAAAGACAGAAGCUUACGACGACGUUUCGGUCCGACUUGGACCAUUGACAAAGUCACAGUGUGACUUUGUCAAUGGUCCAAGUCGGACCGAAACGUCGUCGUAAGCUUCUGUCUUUUAUGUGCGGGUUAUUUGAGUAUGAUUAACGAAGUAUAUCUGGAGAGAGUUCCGGGGGUCAACGCCCCCGCGGCCCGGUCUGUGACCAGGCCUCCUUAGGUCAGUGUCCCAGGAUGCGACCCACACCAGUCGACUAACACCCAGGUACCCAUUUUACUGAUGGGGAACAUAGACAACAGGUGGAAAGAAACACGUCCAAUGUUUCUACUCUGGCUGGGAAUCGAACCCAGGCCCUCACCGUGUGAAGCGAGAGCGUUAACCACCAGGCCACCAAUGUUAUUUCGUAACCCCAUAAAUGAUACAAUAAUAUCAGUUUAUUUAUAAAAAAAACAUUGAUGAGUUAGUAUUUGCUGUCCUUGUGGAACAAUAAAAUUAUUUUGAUUUUAGGCAGGUUGUCCUUUGAAUUUUUUCUAUUGCGGUAAACUUUUUGUUACAUUAUGUUUAAGUAGUUAAAAUGUCUAUGUUAUUAUUAUUAUUGGGAGGGGCUAAACCUGUAAGAGUGGAAGCUGUAAACCCGUAAGAUGAGUGGCAAUGAAGCUUAUUGGUUAUCUGAUUGUAGAAGAGGACUGGAGCAAGUCGACCGAGAUAAACUUUGAAUCUGAUUGAUCAGGUGAUAUCUGAUUGGUCAGGUGAUAUUUGAUUGGUCAUUUAAAUCUGAUUGGUGAGGUAAUAUCUGAUUGGUGAGGUAAUAUCUGAUUGGUAAGGUAAUAUCUGAUUCGUCAGGUGAUAACAGAUUGGUCAGGUAAUAUGAUUGGUCAGUUGGUGAGACAGGUGGUGUCUGAUUGUGAGAUGAGACAGGUGGUGUCUGAUUGAUCAGGUAAUGAGGCAGGUGGUGUCUGAUCAGGUAAUGAGGCAGGUGGUGUCUGAUUGGUCAGGUAAUGAGGCAGGUAGUAUCUGAUUGGUCAGGUAAUGAGGCAGGUGGUGUCUGGUUGGUCAGCACCUGUACCUGAUAGGUCAACUACCUCACCCGUGCCGCCAUGGUUCAUUGUAUAUGAAUUUAUAAUAAAAAAUAUUCUUAAAAAUAA